AUGUCGAAUAACCAGAGAUUAACGAAUGGGAUUGGUGAUGAUUGGUUCAACAAAUGCUGCGAGUCUUAUACAGUAUUUAAAGCAUUUUAUGCUUCAUUCAAAAUGAUUUUUCACUUUGAUUCAUUGAAUUGGAUUGCAAUUGAACUUUUGAUUAUUAUGCCUAUCUUUUUCAGACUGUAUGGAUUUGGUAUUCAACAAAAUCUUACGCGUUUUUAUAAUAAAUCAAGAUUACAAAUUUUAAAUUUCUUAUUCUUCUUUAGUUUCAUUACAGUUUUUAGCAUAUUACUUCAAUACUUAAUGCCACGUUCUCCUGCCUGCUUAAUAUGGGAUGGCAAUGAUCUAAAUCCUUCUCGUCCAGAUAAUGGCUCUCCAAGUGUUAUCAUCAUGCUUACGACUAUUUUAUUCUUAAUGUUCCUUAGAGCUGACUUCAAAGGGUGGAUUCUCGUUAUUAUAUUUGCUGGUUUCUUCUUUAUUAUGACUACAAUUUCUUCAAUUUUAUCAGGAUCAAGCUCUAUUUUCCAAGCCUUGCUUUCAGUAUGCUUCGGAUGCUGGGUAUUUUACGUAUUUAAUUUUUUGCCGCCUGUUUUUGUUCCAAUUGUUUAUCUUCUCAUUUCUAUUGCAGUUGUAACUAUAUUCGGACCGGAAGUUGUUAGAUACAACAAGGCAGCAAGCUAUCUCGCUAAAUCUGGCAUUAGAUCUACUUUCCUUUUAACAGUUACUGUAAUUCUUUACAUUUUGAACGCGAAAUCAAUAGAUGGAUUCAAAUGGUUCCAAAUACAAUGGUAUGAUGGCCUUCUUACAAGCUCUAAAGACGAUUCUGUCGCAAUUAUUCCGACUGUUUUAAGAGUUACCGAUGAAGACCGUUUUGGCAGAAAAUUAAAUAAGGAUAUCAUAUACAGUGUCAUUGCUUUUGUUGCUGUGCUCAUUUUCAACAGUAUUUUCGUACAUUUCUUGGAUUAUAGAUUUUAUCAAGACUGA